AUAAAGAAUAACAAUAAUAUUAGAGAUACAACUAAAUCAAUAACAUUCACCAAUACAAUAGAACUGGUUACAUUAUUAAAGUUAUUGCAGUUCUUAGAUAAUCCACAAGGUGGCGUUCAAGGGACGCACAUGGAGUUAGUUGUUAUGUGGGACGCCAUUAUAGUGUCAUUACAGGCUGUAACAUUUACACCUGAUAUAGAAAACAGCACCUAGCACAAUAUUUACACGAAUAUAUAUAGGCAAAUAACCAUAUACAUCACCAUCCAGAGAUAUCUCUCACACUAUGAAAGUACUCAUGCUUACUUAUAUUAAACGUAAAGGCUGAACUUUGGCGCUUAGGCGCUAACGCGAACUGCCGCGAUGAUAAGCAAACGAGCUUGUGAUAACUCAAUAAAGUACACAUCUGCUUUAAACGGAUGUAUAACAUCACAAGGUAAAAGGAAAUAAACAACUUACAUUCUUGUCAUUAACUCGCUCACAUAAACCAUUACUGAAGGGAAGAUGAGAUAUUAGUCUUCUGCAUCGGAGCAUUCAUAUUUCGUUCGUCUCUUACUGACUAGGCACUGACUCACGUCAUUCAUUAAACGACUCUCUGAUUGGCUGAAACCUUCUUAACAAAUACAUUUCUAGACUCCUUACAAACCAAAUUCAUCUUUUAGUCAUCGUGUUUCUUAACUUCGUUAUAAAAUAAUUAUUUAAUUGUUUAAUUCAAUUAACUCUAACGCUACUUCAGUUUCAUUUCUGAAUAUAAAUGUAUAAAAAAUAAUAUCAAUAAAAAAGUUAUUUCUGUCUUUUACAUAAUUUAUUUGUUAAACCUUUAAAAGAGUUGAAACUCACUCUUGAACACACUCAUCAUCAGAGAGAGGGGGCGUGGUUUGGAGUUUGGAGGAUAGAGCAGCGAUUGGUUAGAAUGUUUUCCAGACUCUAGCCAAUAGGCGUCUGACACACUCUUAUUAAUACUGUAAUCGGGAACUCGACGAUACAUUGAUUCAUUGUGUAGUUUUUGUGUGUACCACAAAUCGAAAAUGAGCGGAAGAGGUAAAACCGGCGGUAAAGCGCGAGCAAAGGCUAAAACUCGUUCCUCCAGGGCAGGACUGCAGUUCCCCGUCGGUCGUGUUCACAGGCUGCUCCGCAAAGGAAACUACGCACAGCGCGUUGGUGCCGGUGCUCCUGUUUAUCUGGCCGCUGUGCUCGAGUAUCUCACCGCUGAAAUCCUGGAGUUGGCUGGAAACGCCGCUCGGGACAACAAGAAGACUCGUAUCAUUCCCCGUCACCUGCAGCUGGCAGUGCGGAACGACGAGGAGUUGAACAAACUCUUGGGUGGAGUGACCAUCGCUCAGGGUGGUGUGCUGCCCAACAUCCAGGCUGUGCUGCUGCCCAAGAAGACCGAGAAACCCGCCAAGAAGUAAACGGACUAAAGUCUGAUUCACUGAAACACAAAGGCUCUUUUAAGAGCCACCCAAUUUAACUAUAAAGAGAGUGAUGAUAUCUUACUGAAAUGUGAGACGUUAUAGAUUAAAAUAAGUUU